AUGCAGGAGCUGGUGGCUGGUGUGGAGAAGAUCAGGUUUGACUUGGAGGCUGAUGUGGAGCAGCAGCGAGGAGCUCAGCCCUUGCCCUUCCCGGGUAUGGACAAGCUGGGGGCGGCCGUCUGCGAGUUCUUCCAUCGAGGGCUGUGCACCAAGGGGGUGCUGUGUCCCUUCCGGCACGUCGGCGGGGAGAGGAUGGUGGUGUGCAAGCACUGGCUGCGUGGGCUCUGCAAGAAGGGUGAUGGGUGUGACUUCCUACACGAGUACGACACGACCAAGAUGCCCGAGUGCUAUUUCUACUCCAAGUUUGGUGAAUGCAGCAACAAGGACUGUCCCUUCCUGCACAUUGAUGCCACCACCAGGACCAUGGGCUGUCCCUGGUAUGACCGCGGUUUCUGCAGGCACGGUCCCCUGUGCAAGUACGAGCACACGCAGAGGGUGCUGUGUGCCAACUACCUCGUUGGCUUCUGCCCAGAAGGACCAAAGUGCAAAUUCAUGCACCUCAAGGCCGGGUUGAUGACGAGCAGAACGGAUCCAUCCAAGGGAGCUGGCUGUGCUUGGGGGCUGGCACGGCUGGAUUCGGCUGCCGGUGGGGAGAGUGGAUGCAAGGACGUGCCACCCAUGGAGUUCCCUCUUCCAGUCCCUGGUGCUACCCAGCACCUGACAGCACAGCUGGGGGACACCAGUAGCUGCCUCCCAGGCACACAGAGCCUGCUUGAACAAGGCAUCUGCUUCAAGACACGUUUGGUGACGGCAGGCUACAACUAG